GAACUCUGGGACAAUCCCACAGCAACUGCAGACCACGCUGAUUGCCCCCGACAACAGCGUCGGAAUGGGCUCCGACAGUUACAGUAUGUAUCUGCUGAAUCGUGGUCAGCUCGAUGUCUUUCCCCAGCAGCCGGCUCAGCUCCCUUCGGGGGCCCAGGUCAGCCCGCUGCUUCCGAACAAGCAGGCCGUGGGCGUGGGCCCCGGCAAAGUCCAGUUCGAGUCUGUCACAGGGCAGGACUCCGUUGGCGAUGUGCGCACGUCCUUCACCUAUUCCGCCAUUCAGAAGGGCGUCACGAAAGUCUCCGUGAUCGCGAAACAAGACACCAUGUCACCAGCGUCGACCCACAUAGCCAGCCUGUCUCCCUGGAAUACAGGCCUGAGUGGCACCAUGUCCACGGUGAACUGGGCCCAAGCGGGCUAUCACACAAAGCAGGACAUGAUCGAUGCGAAGUCGAGUGAGAACGGUGCCAUGGUCAUGAUCCUGCGUCUUGUGGGCUUCGUGGUGAUGCUGUUGGGCCUCCAGCUGGUCACCGGGCCCAUCGCGCUGAUGCCCCAGGUGCUCCCAUGCAUCGGCGAGCUGAUCGGCGAGGUGGUGGGCGCGGCCCUGUGCUGCCUGAACUUUAUGAUCUCGCUCGCCCUCUCCUUCACAGUGAUUGGGGCAGCCUGGCUGAUGGCACGGCCAAUCUUCGGGAUCGUGCUGCUUUUGGCCGCUGCCGCCGUCGUGUUCUUGGCGCACACCCUCCGGAAGAAGCACCGAAGCAGCCCGCGCUCUCCCAGGAUCGACGAGCCGUUCAUGACCGGGGCGCCCCCCCAAGUGCAGGUGGCGCAGCAGGUCCAGGUGACGUGCCCUCCGAAUGUCCAGCCUGGUCAGUUUCUGCUUGUGCAGGGACCUGGUGGUCGGCAGUGCCAAGUACAGGUGCCUGCUGGGGUGCAGCCCGGGCAGGUCUUCAUCGCGAACGUCUGA